AUGGAUCAAACAGAAAAUUUGACAACUUCAAAUCCUGUGCAGAAUGCUCCGAUCUUCAAUGGCGAGGCCUACCAGAUCUGGGCAGUGAGGAUGCGUGCGUUCCUCGAAGGUGCUGAUCUCUGGGAAGCGGUGGGAGAAGAUUAUGAGAUUCCUGCUUUGCCAGCGAAUCCGACAGUCAACCAAUUGAGGAAUAAUAGAGAGAGGGUGACAAAGAAGUCCAAAGCGAAAUCCUGUCUUUUUGCUGCAGUAACGCCAUCGAUUCUGAUCAAGAUUAUGAAUCUUGAUUCUGCCAAAGAAAUGUGGGAUUUCCUGAAGACAGAGUAUGAAGGUGAUGAAAAAAUCAGAAGUAUGAAAGUGUUGAACCUGUUGCGGGAAUUUGAGAAGCAACAGAUGAAGAAUGAUGAAACCGUGAAAGUUUAUGUUGAUCGACUGGUCAACAUAAUUAACAACAUCAGAAUUCUGGGCACAAAGGUUGAUGAUAACAAGAUUGUUCAGAAGAUUCUGGUGUCAGUACCUGAGAAGUUCGAAGCAACGAUCGCUUCUCUGGAAAACACGAAAGAACUCUCAGCAAUCAAACUACCUGAGAUUCUCAGUGCUCUCCAGGCACAGGAACAAAGAAGGUACAUGAGGAAAGAGGAGUCAGUUGCUGAUACCACUGUAAAUCUUUCUUUUUCUACUCUUACUCUGUUAUAA